CAUUUGCGUCUCUUACUCUCUUCAUGUCUUUUCACUUUUCAGUUGUCACUGUCAAUCGGUCUGACUGGUAACUAUGAACUCCGUUAUAAGUGGCGAGCGGUUUUGAGCUCUGAUGAGUAGAAAUCAUUAAAGUCUAUUGUGUUCUGUUGAGUCUUUCUUCUUGCUCUCCGUGAUCUCAUCACUAAAGAAAAUAUUCUCAGGUCUUGACUCGUUUUUGAUGAAUGCUUAAGCAUUAGCAUCACAGCUGCAGUAAGGUUUGCUUGCCGUAGAUCAGUGGCAGAACUACUUGGCUGAGUUUUAUUACUUGAAGAUAGAUGCACAAUGUCACAUCUAAGAGAGGCAAAUUGGGAAGGGAAUCGUAAUAUUAAAUUGAGCAUCAAUAAGGGAGUUGGUUGCAUGAAGAAAGACUGCUGCUUUUAUAAAUCCUUUACGUUGAAGGGUGUAAGAUACUCUCUAUAUGAUUCUGUUUAUGUUUACCAAGAAGAUUUCCCUGAGGCGCAUAUUGGUAAGAUUGUGGAAAUCUAUAAGACCCCAGCCAAUGAAACGGGAAUGAAGCUUGUAUGGUUUUUUCGUCCAAAUGAAAUAUGCAAUUUCUUAAACGAUUAUAAGCCAAGCUGGAAGGAGAUAUUUUUAGCUUCAGGAGAGGGCAAGGGACUCUCCAAUAUCAGUCCUUUGGAAGCAGUUAUAAGGAAAUGCAAUGUUCUCUGUGCAUCAAAUGACUGGAGAAAUCCUCAGGCAUCUAAACAAGAGUUGAGCAAAGCUGAUUACAUUUUUAGUCACACUUUUGAUGUUGCAAAGCUCAAGAUAGAAGAGAGUAUCCCUGAAGAAAUAGAUGGGGUAAAAGUCGAGCACUUUUUCAACCCAAAAAAAGAUCAAGCACUUGUUAAUGCUCAUAAUUCUGAAGAAAAUGUUAGAAAGGGGACUGGAAAAUCAAGUUCGUCUUUGAGGUUUGGAUUGAAGAAAGUGGUUAGCAGCAGAGUUAAAGUUGGCAGUUCGGGCAUCAAACUGAGCCCAGUGGUGAAAGGAGCAAAAAAGCCUGCAUUUAAUAUGGAUAAGCUAGGGUGUCUUCUGAGGCCUAAAUCUACUGCUACAAAGUGUGCAGCAGGAGAGAGAUACAAGAAAAAUAUAGAUGAAUUAGGAGACAUUACAGGAUGGACUGGAGAAUCAAGCUCAUCUUCCAGGUUAAGAUUGGAGAAAGCAGUCCACAAUGCAGUUAAGGAUGACAAUUGUGGCAAUAGAAUAAACCCUGUGGUGAAAGAAUCAAAAAAAGCUGCAGUUCCAGUGGACCAACAAGAGCAUUUUCCAAGUGAUAAAAGGAAAAAGAAUGAAGCACUCAUUAGGCCUCUUAAGCCUAAAGCAAGAGUGAAAGAGUGGACUGGAAAAUCAAUUUUGUGUUCCAGGUUUGAAUUGGAUAAAGUAGUUGGGCGUGUUGUUAAAUUUUCCAGUUCUGGUAUCAGAGUGAGCUCAGUGGUGAAAGCUGCACCAAAUGUCGAUAAACAAAGGCGUUUUUUGAGUUAUAAUACAUCCUUGAGGCCUCAAACAUCUGACAAUGAUGGUACUGUGCCUCAAAUUGGCUGCAUGCAACUUGAAAAUGAGGCUAAAAUGAGACGUUCCGAGGAUAUUAUACAACGAAGUGCAUCCGAUAUCCCUUUGAAAAAGAGGAGGCUUCUGCAGUAUAAGGAAAGCAAAUAUUUGGAUGCACCAACUGCCCAACAUGUCCAGACCAGGGGAGCCAAAACUGAGAGCCUAACUGUGGAGGUUACAAGAAGACCAGAUUCUUACAGAAGAAGUUGGUUCAAGGAACUACCUUGGGAGAAAAGUCUACAAAGAGCAGAUGAAGUAGGCUCCCUUGAAUGCCUUGAAAAUCUGGAUCGGUCCUAUAUAUCAUCCAAAGUAGAGUGUUGCCUUCUUGAUCGACCACCGCCGCCGGGAGCUUUGCAGUCGCCGUUCGACGAGGUUUCAUUAUCUGUUAAAGUGAAGAAGAGGAACAUUACAAGAAAAUCUCUACUAGAGUCUAGAAUCAGAACAACCAAUCUGAGUGAAUCUUCGAUUCUGCUGUCUCGACAGUUUGUUUGCAAUUCCGUGAAAUACAGGCUCUAAUCUAAUGUGGGUUUCUAGACAUGUAAAGAUAUAUGGUGAUAUAAUGGCGACGAGUACACAUGGAAGAUUUUGUGAAGAUGAUAGCUGUUUUGUUGAAGAA